CGCCCGGGACCCCCACGCCCCCCCGCUGUUCUCCAGAUCCAGGACCGGUCUGUUCUUCCAGGCCCAGCCUCAGCUGAAGAACCCCUUUCUAGAAGACCCUCUGCUAGGCAGGUAUCUCAGGAGACACCUGCCCCCCCAGCAGGCAGUGUUCUCAGACCUGCAGGCGUUUGGGGAGAGGAUCUCAGGUGAGGUGGACGCCUGGGGGUGAGAGUGUGAGGUCAACCCCCCCAGGCUCCUCCCCUUUGACCUCGUAGCCGCUGGUCGCCAUCGGCUACGAGAGGUCGUGUGGUGAAUGGAGUCGCGUCCACCAGAUGAGUAAGCUGUUCCUCUACUCCCCGUCGUCCGGUCUGUUCACCUGUCCUCUGGCCAUGACCGACGGAGCGGCCAAGGUCAUCCAGUCUCUCGGGGUGCCGCCGGCCGUUGACUCCGCCUACAGGAGGUUGACCUCUCGCGACCCCGAGCGGUUCUGGACGUCUGGCCAGUGGAUGACCGAGCGGAGGGGCGGAUCGGACGUGGCCGCUGGCACGGAGACGCUGGCCGAGCCCCAGCCGGACGGGUCCUACCGGCUCCACGGCUUCAAGUGGUUCACCUCCGCCACGGACACCGACAUGACCCUCCCCCUGGGCCGGGUGGUGGGCCGCCAUGAACCCCCCCCCCCGGUACGGCCCCGCCCUCCCCGCAGACCCAGACCUGACGUCACAGGUGGACACGCCCACCUGUGAUGUCAUAAGGGGUCGUUCUCCCAAACGGCUUGUAACGGUAAACCACCCCACAACUGGUGGCCGGUCAUGUGACCUCUUUAACGGUUAACCACCCCACACCUGGUGGCCGGUCAUGUGACCUCUUUAACGGUAAACCACCCCACACCUGGUGGCCGGUCAUGUGACCUCUUUAACGGGACUUCAGAGAUGUUCUGCAGUCUAGCUUUGUUUGUUUUGCCGGUUGAAAUAGUCCCGUUAUUUUGGCAGAUUAUUUUACAAAAUCCUUCAGUUUAGUCCGAUGGUCGAAGCAUUUAAGCAAACUGAAAUGUUGCCGCCAUUGGAAAAGAGAAGGGAUUGAUUCAUGGUCAAUAUUUAGAUUAUAUUAGUUAACACUGUGUUAAUCCCCCGGAGGGGAAAUUCUUGUGUUACGGCCUUGCAGCAGUCAAGGAAGAGAUACAAGAUAUAAUGCAGAGUAGUGCUAAAGUAAAUGCUACAGUAAUACGAAGGAAAUGAUAAAGUAAGCGCUACAGUAAUGCUAAAGUAAUGCUAAAGUAAUGCUAAAGUAAAUGCCACAGUAAUGCUAAAGUAAAUGCUACAGUAAUGCUACAGUAAUGCAAAGGAAACGCUAAAGUAAAUGCUACAAUAAAGCUUAAGUAAUGCUAAGGAUAUGCUAAAGUAAAUGCUAAAGUAGUGCUAAAGUAAUGAUAAGGAAAUGCUAAAGUAAAUGCUAUUCACCCAAAAAGUAGUUACAACCCUUUUUAUAUCAAGGUGAAAGAUCAGUAUCAGUACCUCCUCUUGUGCAGCGAUCCCAAACAUCUCUAACCGUCGUCUGACUCCUCCCCCUCCGCGUCUGACUCCUCCCCCUCCCCGUUUGACUCCUCCACCCCCCGUCUGACUCCUCACCGCUGGUGAGAUCCUGCUCCUGGUUCCUGCUCCUGGUGCUGGUCUGGCCCUCAGAGACACACCCACAGAGUUUUAGAGAACUACAGAAGAACACAGAGACGAUUAAAUACGCUUCAGCAGGCGUCCAGGCCACUAGAGGGCAUGAUGGGACCCAUAAAUAAGUCAAUCACUACAGAAACCAUCGUUCAUCAACAUAACCUGUGGAUGAAUGAUUACAUGUUAUACCUGUUAUGAGAUCAUACCGUGUGUGUGUGUGUGUGUGUGUGUGUGUGUGUGUGUGUGUGUGUGUGUGUGUGUGUGUGUGUGUGUGUGUGUGUGUGUGUGUGUGUGUGUGUGUGUGUGUGUGUGCGUGCGUGUACUUUUGUGUGUGAAGAGGAUCCAGUCUGUAAUGAAACACUAAGUUUCUCCCCUUUAAAGUCGUGGUCCUGUGGCCACCUGGAGCACCAGACCUGUACUGGGUUUUAUCAGUGUGUCUCUGUCUCCAGGUUGCUCUCUGGGGAACUCUUCUGUUUGCUCACCCUUUCAGUGCCCAAGUUCUUCUCUCAGUCUGAUUUUUAAAGUCAUGAAAAAUGUUUUAUUAGGCGCUGCAUGUGUUUUCAGUCUUUUUGAAAACUCUUUACAUGAAAUAAUAAACCUGGUCCAUC